AUGUCAGCCCCAACGUACGAAGAGAUGGAAGCGAAGAGGCAAGAGAUGAUAGCCUCUUUCAGAGAGAUAGCAAGCGCCAUGACCCGAUGUGUCAAAGUAAUCGAAGAGUACACUUCCCUAUCACCUUCAUCACUGAACAAACCCGAUUUGUCCAUAUUCCAAAAUACCAUCUUACCCAAUGGUCAACUGGUUUCCGACUUACUCAAGGCGAACAGUCAGAAGGAGAAAGAGAAGAAGAAAAAGGAGAAGAAACCCAAGGAUCCAAAUGCACCUAAAAGACCACCCAGUGCAUAUAUCUUCUUCCAAAACGAGAUUAGGGAUGAAAUUAGGAAUUCGAAUCCGGGAAUGUCCUAUAAGGAUAUUUUGGGGGUGAUCAGUGCUAAAUGGAAGGAUUUGACCGAUGCUCAGAGAAAGGUGUACGAAGAUGCGUAUGCCAAAGCUCAAGUAAAUUUCGUCGAAGAAGAGAAAAUCUACGCAUCUACCAAACCUGCCGUAACUGGACAAUCCUCUUCGGCAGGAGUCACCAACGACGCGGUCAUUGAUCCUACGUUGAUUGCUGGGGUGGGAGAUGGAGGUGAUUCAGAUAGUACGGAUGAUAGCGAUGAUUCAGAAUCGGAUGAGUCGCCCGGACCUAUCGGAUUAUCCAAACCACUCACCACCGCUCUUCCCUUACAAGUCAACCCCUCGACCCUCCACGCGGCUACUGCUACUUUACCUGUGCCCACUCCAGCCGAAGAUAAAAAGAAGGAUAAGAAGAGGAAGAACAAGGAUGGUGAAGUGGCUGUGGCUCCUGUCGGUGAGACAGGUGAUAAGAAAAAAAAGAAAAAGAGCAAGGAGUAA